AUGGAGUUCUCUGUGGAUCAGCAAUAUAGAGUGAAUCGUCUGGUGUUGUCCAUAUACGGACUAUGGCCUUACCACAAUCGAACGGCGACCGCUUGGAUUAAGCGAAUAUUCAUAUUUUCGUUUAUGAUUUAUACUGUAGUGAUUCAGGUAAUUAAGAUCUGCAUGACAGAAUUAACGACAGAUUUUAUACUUGAUUGUCUACCUAUUAUCAUUCCUAAUGUUGGUGCGAUAAUACAAUUCCUGAAUCGUGUAUUAAUCAACGACAAACUGAGGGAUUUAUUCGAUCAAAUUAAAAUCGACUGGGAAUGCGCGAGAUCUCAGAAUGAGAUUGAAAUUAUGCAGGAGAACGCCACUGGCGCAAAAGUAACGACGAAAUUGUUUUUGCUUUACAUGUUCGUAGGCAUAACUGUGUACAUGUUUAGCACAUUCAUCCCCCAAGUUCUCGAUGUAUUUCUACCGCUAAACGAGUCACGUUCGCGCGAGCAUCCAUUCCAUGUUGAAUUAUUUCUCGACGACGACAAAUAUUUUUACUUUAUCCGAUUUUUUAUGUAUUUUGGUCUCUUGUACGGAUUGGGAGUGAUCCUCGCUAACGGCACCAUAUUCGUCGUUUACAUGCAGCAUGCCAGUGGAAUGUUUACCAUACUGGGCUACAUGGGUCAGCAAUUAAUUGACACGAGCACAGAGCUGUCCAUGAAGAUGUGA